GGCGCGAUUUCCUUAUUUACAUUUUUCACUGAUUAAACGAAAAACUCUAAAACUGGUGCAUAAUUAUUCUGCAAAAUGAGCAUUUAAAGGUGUCAUCCAUGGACGUCCAUAUUAACAAAACUCCAACGAGAUGUCUGAUGUGCAGGGAUCCGUGACCUCUGGAAAUACAGAGGAAGAUUGGCGAAUUUUCGAAAUAAUUUGUAAAGACAUGGAGAAGGACGGCGAAGAUGUAGACAUAACAACGACGUUGAGGAGCGAAGUGGCCGCGCUUCAGUACAAACGGGACAGGCUCACAGAUGAGGUAAACGAGAUGAGGGGACAAAUACGAACCAGGGACCAACGAUGCGUCGAAUUACAAGCGGAAACGGACCACUUAAGGGAACAAUCGGCGAGACAAAACGCCAUCAUAUCAUCACUAAAAAAGCGAAUACACGAGUUGGAAGAGAAGGAACGGGACCUGCACGCCGCCCAUGGACGAGGAGAAAUAGCCUUGCAGACCAUUCAACGCGAUUAUCGAUAUACGGAAGAGAAAGCGAAAGAUUUGGAGAAAAAGUUGAGAAGCUUGGAGUUGGACUUGAGCUCCGAAGAGCAAAAGAAGGAUACGGCGAGAACGGCGUUUCACGACUUGGUCAGAAGGCUAUCGAUUGCCUUAGGUGCGGAUAUUACGGAAGGCACGCAUCUCUCAACCGAAGCUCUGGUACAUAAGGCAUCAGAGUUAGUUCAGGAAACUGGGCGCCUGAGAAAUCGUGCCAGUAAUAUCCAGGAUAGCUUAGCAACUUCAGAAUUGGACGUGAGAUCUUUGCGGGAUGCAUUAGACAGAGCCGUGACCGAUAAAGAAUGCCUGCAAAGACAGACUGCUUCUCAACUACUCGAAAUAGACAGACUGCGACAAGAGAAGGAGUCGCUAGAAAUGCAAUUUCGAGUUUCAGAACGCGAAGGUAUCGAUCUCAGGGAAAAAUUGUCUUCCACCACUAGAAAUUUAGGAUCCGCCAGUAGCAACGUAGCACAGUUAGAGGCGACAGUGUGCCAAUUACGCGAUGACCUAAAAAUACAAGAUGAAAAAAUUCAGCGUCUUCAUCUCGAACACCAAAGUACUUUGGAAGACGUUGCUCUACUUCUGAGUACCCCAACGCGUUUUGUGGACUCGAUCGAGGAGGCAAUUAAAGAUCGAAUACGCGACUUAUUGGCCGACAACCGAGACAAGAGCACGCACAUUGAGUCGUUAAAAGAGAAGUUAACACACGAAUCUCAACAAUUAAUCCGCCAAAUUUCGCUCAACGACCAAGCUAACAUUAGAAUAAAAAGCCUCGAGGAGGACAAGGCACAUCUAGAGCACAAGAUCUACAAGGUCGACACUGAAUUGAACACUUGCGAGGUCUCUCGUGAGGGUCUCAAGAGGGAUAAAUCCACGUUCGUCACGUUUUUAGAGCGUUUGGGACGAGCGUUGAAUAUGGACGAAAUUUCUCAAGAGGUGGGCGUCGAUCUUCACACCGAAUCUUUGCUUUUAAGGGCCGAACAAUUGGCCCGAUUGGAAAACGAGAAAUUAGUUGACAAGCUGCUGUGUUGCGGAUAUGGAACGUUACCACGUCUGCUUCGGCGUGAGCGAUCGUGCUGCGAUCUUCCGCGGUAUCGCGAAACUGCCGUCGUGUACCAGCUACAGAGGAAAGUGCGAACCCUUCGCGAGCAACUUCAAAGGAAGGAUCUUCAUUUAGAUUUGCUGCGGCGUAAACUGUCCUUGCAGGAGGAUAACACGAAGACAAAGUUCCUGUUGCAAGGCGAGCGAGAUGAAGCUAACCUACGCAUUAAAAAGUUAAACAAGCAAAUUGAUCGAUUACACUUGCAGUUAUCUGACGCUAAAGAUCAGAUACGUGAUUUAAAUACCCAAUUAACAGUAGCAGCGGACUAUAAGAUCACGGCUUUGGAACGAGGCCGUAAAGUCGAAGAUCUGCAAAAACGAUUGAUCGAUUCGGAGUCGCUACGGACCCGAUGUAAUCGUAAGGUAACAUUGUUGAAGGAUCAAGUGCGAACCACCGGUCAAACGGUUGACCAAGAGCGACACAUCAGUGAGCACUCCCUUCAUAUUUUGCGUGACGAAUUGGCCCGUGUUAAGGACCAUCUGUCUGAAGUUAGCCGUAGAGAGGCACAGUUGCAGAGCUUCAAGGGUUCCGUUGCGAAAAUACUGGGCGUCAUACUGCCGAUGCCCGAUUACGAAUUAAUCUCGCGUUUGCAAAAGUUAGUCGACGCCCAUCACGAGUUCACGGUCGUCUCUCGGAGAUACGACGAUCCCGUCUUGCGACUGACGUCGAGGAGCCCCACGCUAGGAAGCAGGUAUACACGUACCCCUGAUAAGCCUAGGUAUGACGAUUCAGGAUAUGCUGAUGCUGCAGAUUUUAUUGACCUUGAUGGCGAUUUGUAUAAGAGGCCGUCUACGUGACACCCGCACUUUAAGUGAACACCUCGUACGGAGGAAUAACAAAUGUGUUCAGAAGCUGCCUUCACAGACCACACCGUAGCGGCCAUAAUACACAUGCAUUCCGAUAUGUAUUUUUUUCUCAUUGCAGGUCACAGAUCCAUUGAUCGAUUCAUUCAUUCAUACAUUCCAUCCAGAAUUGUCUCGCUUAGAACUCACAAUGUAUUAUAUGUUUAAUAAA